GUUGGAUCUAACCCACCCAUCUCUAUCCUAUCUUUGACUUUUGACAUUUAUGACCGUAUGACGUAGAUCGUAGUAGAUUGAUCUUCAAAUUUCGACUUUCGACAUUUCUUCAAUUUUGAGCGAGUAGAUCUGCUGGGUCAUAUAUAAAAUUCAUAUUACAUUCAAUUCACAUAAUCGAAUAUACCAGGUUGAAAUGGCAGCAGUCAGAUCCCUUUCUAAAUUUUUCUCUUUGAGAUCCUUCAGCACAACUACCAAAAGGGCCUAUGCAGACCAAAUGAGUUUCACUUUUGCUGCUGGAAAUCAGGUUUAUUAUGAGGCAAAAUCUGUGAAACAAGUUGAUGUUCCCUCAUUUUCAGGAAGUUUUGGUAUCCUUCCUGCACAUGUACCCACCUUAGCAGUACUCAAACCAGGAGUAGUGUCAGUGUAUGAAGACAGUGGUAAUGUGAACAAAAUUUUCGUGUCCAGUGGAACUGUAACCAUCAAUGAUGAUUCUUCUGUACAGAUUUUGGCUGAGGAAGCUCAUCCUGUAGCUAAUAUUGAUGUUGGAACAGCUAGAGAUAUUCUCAGCAAAGCUCAGAGUGAACUGUCAUCAGCUACCAAUGAUCAGGCCAGAGCAGAAGCAGAAAUUGCAAUUGAAGUUGGAGAAGCCUUGGUGAAAGCAGCUGAAUAAAUUCCAAAUACCAUCAAAAUUUGAUUGUUUAUCAUCAAUAUAUUGAAGUUCUAGCCUUUGUGUCACCCUUAUGACUCAACAACUAUGUGAAAUUUAAUUUAACAUUUUAAAAUAGUACAUUUUUGUUAUAAAUAUUAAUGUGUUUGUUCUCUAAAAUUUGAAAUCUGAAUCACCCUGUAGAAUAGGAAGAGUAUUUUUCACCUGGAAACUAGGAUUUUUUUCCGGGUCACAAAAAUGUCUUACACUCUAAGUAAUGCAAAUAACUACCUAUUUCAUGAUAACAGUAAUAAAUAUAUUUUCAUUAUGAAGAAUAUGAAAUACAAGCAAUCAGCAUUAAUGCACUCAGUUUUUCCAAUGAACAAAUGUAUAGACAUUAUUUCUUCUAAGUAUAAAAUUGAUUGGACUGAAUUCCAUUAAUGUAUUAAUCAUAUUGAGCCACAUAGUUGAAGUGUAUUCGUAUUCCUUAGCAAAGUCAAAAAUAUGAGUUCAGUAAACGGUUGUAACAAAGACAUUGUCCUUUCUCUGAUUCUGAAGAAACUAGGGUUUAUGCUUGGAAUUGUG